AUGCCGGGCAAGCUCCUAGAUACGUCACCAACGACCCCGUCCAUGCCUAUAGCCAUCGUCGGCCUCGCCCUCCGUGGGCCAGGUGACAGUUCAAACUCGGAACGCUUCUGGCAGAUGUUGACGGCUGGCCAUUCAGCGCGGUGCGAAGUCCCCAAGGACCGAUACAAUGUCGACGGCUUCUACCACCCAGACUCCGACCGACUGGGCAGCAUCCAGCAACGACAUGCUCAUUUCAUGAAGACGGACUUCAAGGCAUUUGAUGCGCCGUUCUUUUCUAUCACGCCCAAGGAAGCCAAGGCCAUGGAUCCUACACAUCGCAUGUUGCUGGAAGUUACAUAUGAGGGAUUUGAGAAUGCCGGCUUGACAUUGGACGCGGUGAAGGGUUCCAAGACCUCGUGUUAUAUUGGCACCUUUACCGGAGACUUUGAAGAGUUACAGGUGAGAGACAAUGAGGGGCCGAGUAUGUACCAUGCCACCGGACUAUCAUCGUCGCUGGCGUCCAACCGGCUGUCGUGGUUCUACGACUUGAAAGGACCCAGUAUGACGAUCGAUACCGCCUGUUCUUCCAGUUUGACAGCGUUCCACCUCGCCUGUCAGAGUUUGAGAACCGGGGAGGCGACUAUGAGCGUGGUCGGCGGUGCAAAUCUCAUGUUCGGCCCUGACAUGAGCAUCCUGCUCGGUGCGGCGAAGAUCCUCUCGGCGGAUGGCAAGUCACAAAUGUGGGAUGCUAAAGCAAACGGCUUCUCCCGAGGAGAAGGAAUUGGCGUCACGAUCCUCAAACCUCUGGACGCCGCGCUGAGGGACGGUGAUACGGUCCGAGCGGUGGUGCUCGCAUCCGCUGCCAACCAAGACGGCCGGACGCCUGGGAUUAGCCUGCCGAAUGCCGACGCCCAGGAGGAGCUGAUCCGGACCGCAUAUGCUCAGGCCGGGGUCGAUCCGGUAGAAACGGGCUAUGUGGAGGCUCACGGAACGGGAACUCAGGCGGGCGAUCCGCUGGAGGCCCGCGCGAUCAUCAACAGCAUUGGAUCUGGGCGCACAUCAGAUCUCUAUGUUGGGUCGGUGAAGACAAACAUCGGCCACCUGGAGGGCGCGGCGGGUGUGGCGGGCGUCAUCAAGGCAGCCCUGGUGGUGGAGCGAGGGUUGAUUCCUCAAAAUCUUUGGUUCGAGACUCUGAAUCCCCAGAUCUCUCUCCCGGAUCGGGUGAAGAUCCCCCAGCAGCUGACGGAAUGGCCAUCGGAGGGUCCUCGACGAGCAAGCAUUAAUUCCUUCGGGUUCGGUGGCGCCAAUGCCCAUGUCAUUCUCGAGGAUGCAGCCCAUUACCUCAGCCGACAGGGACUGAAUGGCAGACACACGACGACGCUUCUUCCUCGAGCCUCCAAUGAUACCGCUAAUGGGCAGGCCACGGGCCAUAUGACAGAGAAUGUGAAUGGAGGCAUCAGCAAGCAGUCCAAUGGUGACCAUGGGGUGAACCUGGCGGACUCAAAACCCAGCCUCUUCGUCAUUUCAGCCCAAGACCAGGAUGGAGUCCAGCGCUCGGUGAAACAGCUACAAGAAUACCUCGAAGAGGAGCGCGACGAGAAAGAUCCCCGCUUCAUCUCGAACCUCGCCUACACUCUGGCCUCUCACCGGUCGAUAAUGCCUUGGAAGACAUACGCGAUCGCGUCCGAUGCGAUUGCCCUCAACGGCGCACUUGGGGAAGUACCCGCCGCAGUGCGUUCGUCUGACUCCCAGACUCCCACGGCUGCGUUUAUCUUCACCGGCCAAGGUGCGCAGUGGUUUGCCAUGGGUAAAGACCUGGUUACAUUUGAUGUUUACAAGGACAGUCUGGCCGACGCAGAGCGUAUCUUGCAAUCACUCGGUUGCCAGUGGAGCUUGCAGGAAGAAUUGAACAAGACCAAGGAGACAUCCCGCCUGCACCUAGCCGAGCUCAGUCAGCCUGUGUGCACCGCUCUCCAGGUGGCGCUCGUUGACCUCUUGCGAUACUGGGAUGUGCGCCCCUCUGCGGUGAUCGGUCAUUCUAGUGGUGAGAUCGCGGCGGCAUAUUGCAUCGGAGCCAUCUCAAAGGAGACAGCAAUCCGGAUAGCCUGGCUACGAGGGAAAUACGCUACGUCCGUCGCGCAGGCGAGGGAUAUCGAUGGCACCAUGAUGGCGGUCAACGCUGAUGGAGAGUCGAUUCGUUCCGAGCUCACGGGCCUCAACGGGACAGCCGUAGUAUCGUGCCUCAAUAGUCCCAACGCCUGCACUGUCUCCGGAGAUGUGAAAACACUGCAGGAACUGGAAGAGGUUCUGAAGGUGAAGGGGAUUGCGGCCAAGAGGCUGGAGGUGCAGGUCGCCUACCAUUCCCCCCACAUGAACCUCAUCCGGCAAGAGUACGAGGCCGCGUUGAGGGACGGAUGGAUGACUCAGAGCGGUGCCGAAGAACUAAGCAUAGAAAUGUUCUCGUCCGUAACAGGCUGCCUGAUCACGCCUGCAGAACUGGAUCCAUCAUACUGGGGAGAGAAUCUCGUGUCACCAGUGAACUUCGUUGGAGCCGUUGGGUCGCUGCUCAACCAUUCUACAGACACAAAGCGGCAACAUGACCGCACGGCAUUUACCAGCAUCUUCAUUGAGGUUGGCCCACACUCUGCGCUGAGAUCGUACCUCCUGGAUAUCUUCAAGGCCCAGGACAAGUUUGUCAAUCUCUCCUACGUCACUGUCCUCCGCCGCAACUACCCAGGCACUCGCACCAUCCUGGACGCCAUGGGCCAGCUCCACGUCAAGGGACUCCCUUUCAACCUGAAUAAGGUGAAUGGUGUCGGUCCCAAGGCACAGAUGCUGGUAGAUCUUCCCCCGUACCCAUUCAACCACUCGCUCACGUUCUGGGAGGAGUCCUACCUCAGCCGCGACUACCGUCUGCGUGAACAUGCUCGGAAGGACUUGCUCGGUUAUCGCGUCCCAGGAACUUCGGACCCAACUUGGAGAAACUUUCUGCGCUGUUCAGAGAAUCCGUGGAUCCGUGAGCACCAGGUUCAAGGCAAUAUCCUCUAUCCUGGGGCUGGAAUGCUCGUCAUGGCCAUCGAGGCAGCUCACGAGCUCGCCGACCCGAACGACAAGAUCGUUGGGUAUGAGCUGCGCGAUGUUUCCAUUGUAGCCGCGCUUCGUGUUCCGGACGAUGACAAAGGCGUUGAAACCAUGGUGCAGUUUCAUCCUCGCCGGACAGGGACCAAGGCGGAGCCAUCGUCGACCCUGAACGAAUUUACAGUCUCAACUCCUUCCGAGGACGGAAAGACAUGGACAACCCACUGCAGAGGAUUGAUUUCUGUGACAUACCAGUCUCAAUUGAGUCCCGCUAUGCGGCGAGAGCUGGAGCUGGAGGACAAACGAUACCGCACAUCCUUCCAGGCAGCGAAGAAGCAAUGCUCCCGACCCGCAAGAAGCUUCCUUUACGACAACGUCGAGACAAUCGGCAUGAAUUAUGGCAAGAUUUUUCGCAAUAUCACCGACCUGUAUGCAGGUGAUCAGACCAGCUACGGAGUAAUCACAAUCCCCGACACCAAGGCCACCAUGCCGCAGAACUUUGAGUACCCCUGCAUCAUUCACCCCGUCACGUUGGACUCCAUCCUACACCUACUAUUCCCCUCCAUCGCGGGCUCAGAGCAGUCUCUCCAGGAAGCGGUGGUGCCGUUCUCGUUCGACCGGAUCUUCGUUAACGCUGAUAUUCCAUCUGCACCUGGAACAGAACUCCACGGGUACACCGCUGCCCAGAAGACGAGCUACACGACCUGGAUGAGCACUAUCGCUGUGUCAACGGAGGGAUGGUCCACACCACUGAUUCUGAUUGAAGGCCUGGGCCUGGCGUCUCUAGGCGCAAGUGAAACUGCUCAAGGUCCGUCAGAAACCAGGGCAGGGUGCUUUGACAUGAUCUGGCACGAGGACCCGGAGUUCCUGACACCUACACAUGUCAAGGAGUUGAUCUACAAACGAACCACUCCUAACAACGACGACGAGUCUGUUUUAGACAAGUUAGAGUUUGUCUGUCUCGUUUACAUUCACCACAUCCUGGACUGGUUCCAAUCUAACAAGGGAGUGGAUUUCGUGCCCCAGUCAGGUUUCUUCAGACUCUACUAUGAAUGGAUGCAGGAUAUCAUCCAGCAAUUCCCCCCAUUGCCCACCCCUGUCGCCAGUCUAAACGCAGCAAUCCAGGAGGCGCGAGAUAGCUGCAUUCUGUCCAAGUCGGGGGAUAUCACAGUACAGAUGGUGGACCGCAUCGGACAGAAUUUGGAAAGGAUCUUCACGCAAGAGAUUGAGCCGUUGCAGGUGAUGCUCGAAGGCGACCUCCUUUACGAUUUUUACCGUGGUGCUUUCGGAACGAGCUUUAACACCAACGUCGCCGAGUACGUCGGUCUGAUCGCUGACAAAUCCCCCGGUCUUCGAAUCCUAGAAAUCGGUGCCGGAACUGGGGGUACAACCUACCAUGUCCUCGAAAGACUGCGAAAUCCCGAUGGGACAAGCAAGGCGCGAAACUAUACCUUCACCGACAUUAGUCCUGGUUUCCUGGCAAAAGCCGCGGAACGGUUCUCCGAGGACACAGCAAUCCUAGAAUUUUCGGCGCUGAAUAUUGAAGAGAAUCCCCUGGCGCAGGGGUUUCAGACCGAGUCGUUUGACCUGAUCGUGUGUGCAAAUGUCCUGCACGCCACGCGGUCGAUACAGGAGACUUUGGCCCACUGCCGCUGGCUCCUAAAGCCGGAAGGGAAGCUCGUACUAUCAGAGGUGACGAUCAAGCGGAUUUUCUCAGGAUUCAUCAUGGGACCGUUGCCGGGGUGGUGGCUCGGAGAGGACGAUGGCCGCAAGGGGGGUCCUCUUCUCAAUGCCGAGGAGUGGGAUCUGGCCUUGAAACAGGCGGGUUUCUCCGGCGUUGAUCUGGAUGUCCGAGGAGACUGUGACACCUCUUUAGAACCAGUUUCUUUGCUCGCCUCAACAAAGACAUCUGGCCGGCCUAAUCCAUCGCAGGCAUUUGCGAUUAUCAAACCAUCUGGGGAUCCAUCGAACAAGCUCGCAGCACAUAUUGAGACCGCUUUCCAGUACCUCAAAUCGGAGGUUUCCGUUUUCGACUGGACUUCGGUGACUGAGUUUGAUAUCAAAGGCAAAUACUGUGUAUGCCUGUCCGAGUGGGCGAAGCCUCUGUUAUCAACGAUCAGCGACGAAGACUGGAACAAGUUCCGUACGUUAGUCUCGACGGCCAGUGGCGCACUGUGGGUGACGGGUGGAGCGGCAAUGGAGUGUUCUCACCCGCAUGGUAGUCUGAUGGUUGGGUUGUCCCGAGCAAUCCGCAACGAGAACUCUAACUGCUUGCUCGCAACCUUGGAUAUCGACCCACAGGACUCUACGGUUGAUCUUGCAAAUUCUGCCUUGGCGAUUCGCAAUGUCGCCGUCCGCCAUAGUUACGGUGAUUUGGUUGACCAUGAGUUUGCUGCACGUGGACAGACCGUCUACAUCCCUCGCGUGGAAAGGGCGCCUCAGCUGGACUCUCGCGUACGGCUGUACCAGUCCAAGGGUGAGCCCGAAGAGAUCAACUUCGUCACAUGCCAGCGCCCGUUGAAGCUGACCAUCAAAUGCCCCGGUCUUCUGGAUUCAUUCUUGUUCGAGGAAGACAUGGAGUAUUAUGAGGCUCUACCCGAGGACUGGGUGGAGAUCCAGGUGAAGGCCGUGGGACUGAAUUUCAAAGAUGUGCUGGUCGCUUUGGGCAACCUGAACGAGAACAAGCUUGGCGUCGAUGUCAGCGGAGUGGUGACGCGCGUGGGAUCCGCCGUAUCCAGCAUCAGCGUUGGCGAUCGUGUCAUGACAUCUUCGUGCAACACGUUUGCGACAUUCGUCCGGUUCCCCAUGCAGGGUGUCAUUCCAAUCCCAGACGAUAUGAGCUUUGAAGAUGCCGCUUCUAUGCCACUGAUCUUCCUGACGGCUUACUAUGCCCUAGUCACCGUCGGUGGACUGCAGCGAGGCGAGACGGUCUUGAUCCAUGCUGCUGCUGGUGGUGUCGGGCAAGCUGCAAUUGCCGUCGCCCAGCACAUCGGAGCUGAAAUCUACGCUACAGUUGGCUCCCCAGAGAAAAGACAGCUCCUCAUCGACCAGUAUUGUAUUCCAGAUGACAACAUCUUCAGCAGCCGUGAUACGAGCUUUGCAAAAGGAGUUAUGAGAGCGACAAAUGGAUUGGGCGUUGAUGUCGUCCUGAAUUCUUUAGCCGGCGAGGCACUUCGCCUCUCCUGGCACUGUCUUGCCAAGUUCGGGCGUUUCUUGGAAAUUGGAAAAGCGGAUCUCUUUGCAAACACAGGGCUAGACAUGUUGCCUUUCCUCGAGAACAAGAGCUACUGUGGUGUCAACCUGAUCGACUUCGAGAACAAUCCAACACCUCGUGCCGUCGCUCUCUUCCAGAGUGUCGCAGGGCUGAUCAAGGAUCGUGUCAUCAAGCCGGUGAAGCCGGUCCAAGUCUUUUCGUUCUCUGAAAUUGAAAAAGCCUUCCGUUACAUGCAAACCGGCAAACAUAUGGGCAAAAUCGUGGUGCGUGUCGAUGAAAAUGACCUCGUCCCUGCCAUCCCGCUCGUACCAGAAGCACGGAUUACCCCUGAAGCCACAUAUAUCCUCGCCGGCGGUCUCGGCGGUAUCUGCCGGGAGAUCAGUCGCUGGCUAGCGGAGAAGGGUGCGAAGCAUCUCGUUUUCCUUUCCCGGUCUGCAGCGACGGGUGACGCAAAUAUGGCAUUUAUGAAGAAUCUUCGUGAGACGUAUGGAGUGAACGCGAUUGCGUUUGAUUGCGAUGUAGCAGAUCGGGCUUCCCUGGAGCGUGCUCUUGAUGGGUGUAAAGAGCAAGGUCUCCCACCAGUGCGUGGUUGUGUGACAGGAGCAAUGGUGCUCAGGGAUACCCUGUUUGACGGCAUGACCAUCGACCACCUCCGCACGACCGUUGGACCCAAAGUACACGGAACGUGGAAUUUGCACGACAUGCUUCCCAAGGACCUGGAUUUCUUCGUCAUGCUAAGUUCACUGGCUGGUGUUAUGGGUCAUCGCGGUCAAGGCAACUACGGCGCGGGUAAUAUUUUCCAGGACUACUUCGCCAGUUUCCGGCGCAGCCAGGGCUUGCGUGCGAUGACGAUCGAUAUUGGGUACCUCCUCAGUGUUGGGUUUGUCGCGGAACAUGACGAAUACGUGGAUCAUGUCAAGAGUAUGGGUCUGAAAGUAAUGCAAAACAGCGACCUCCAUGCCCUCAUGUCCAUCGCCAUGGAGGACACCCCUGCGCAUCCCGCACAAGUGAUGUGCGGACUUCCAACGAACGAGUAUUCUGAGGCAUGGUACUGGAUUCAAGACGGGAAAUUUGCCUCGCUACUGAAUACUGCCCAGGGCGGCAAUACCGCAAUGGGGUCCUCGAUCUCGUUAGGCGUAGAACUCGCCCGUAUGACAGAAAUUACAGCCGCCGUGGAUCUUAUUUGUGAGAGUUUGGUGGAGAAGCUGGCGAAGCUUAUGAUGGUACCGAUGGUGGACAUUGACCCCGGAAAACCACUGAGUGCGUACGGUGUUGACAGUCUAGUUGCCGUGGAGGUGAGGAAUUGGAUCGCCAAGGAGAUUCAGGUAGAGUUGAGCGUGUUUGAUAUUAUGGCUCUUGUGCCAAUGAGGCAGCUCGCUGCGGAUCUAGCGGCGAAGACCAAGCUGCUAUCACGGGAGGGGAUCAUGUAG